AUGGAGGAAAUGGUGUCAGAAUCAAGUCUUGAAGAAGUUGAGCUGAUUCUAGGAUACGAGUUUAAAGACAAAAACUUAUUACUGCAAGCUUUUACUCAUGUUUCAUUUCAUGAUUCAGAUAAGUAUUCAGAAAAGCACACGUCUUAUGAACGAUUGGAGCUUAUGGGUGACUCAGUACUCAACUUAUUAAUGAUAAGAAAACUAUUUUUCUUAUAUCCGAAACUCUCUCCUGGAAAGCUAACUUAUCUUCGCUCAGAUAAUACUGACAAUGAAAAACUUGCACGUGUGGCCUUCAAACAGGGUUUGCAUCGAUUUCUACACCACAAGAAACCUCAUCUUGAGCAAAGUAUUCGAGAAUUUGAGAAAGCAAUGGUGGAUUAUCCUCUGCAUUCCCAUCGCCUUAUUCGUGCACCAAAGAUCCUAGCUGAUGUUCUUGAAGCUGCAAUAGGGGCUGUAUUCAUCGAUAGCAAUUCAAUAGAAACUGUGUGGAAGGUUUUUGAGGAUGUGUUGGAGCCCUUCAUUAGUUUGGAAAAGCUUGGAGAGAACCCUGUUACAACACUCUUAGAAAUAUGCCAAAAGAAUGGAUGCAAGCCUAGAUAUGAUACAGAUUCAUGGGACAAAGACCAAACUGCUAAAGUCUAUGUAAAGGACUGCUUAGUUGGGAAGGCCACGUUUGGAAAAAAAGACAUAGCAAUCAACAGGGCAGCUAAGGAUGCACUAGACAAUAUUGAUCAAACUUACUUGGUGUUUUCCAUGCAUGAAAAGGAUCAAAAAUCAUCAGAUGAAGUGCGUUCUGAGGAAGAGAAUAAUGAAGAUAGUUAA